AUGGCUGAAACCAAGAAAACCAGAGCAUUCAAAACGUUCAUGUACAAGGGAAAGGACAUGGAGACUCUGAACACGAUGAAAAUGAGCGAGUUCGCAAUGCUGGUGCCUUCCAAAAAUAGGCGCCAUUUGCUCAGAGGCAUAAACAAAUAUGAGAAUGAAUUAUUGGAACAGGUUGAACAGUGGCAUGCAAAGGCAAGCAAGAGCGCAGAGGCACCAGGACCAAUUAGGACGCAUCAGAGGACGAUGAUCAUCCUUCCAUCAAUGGUUGGCUGCACAAUUGCAGUACACUGUGGAAAUGGAUUCUUUCCAGUGGAAAUAAAGACGGAGAUGCUUGGAAAGAAGCUGAAGGACUACGUUCCAACGAAGGUGCAUCCAUCUCACGGUAGACCAGGCGUAGGAGCAAUUCAGUCUACGAAGUUUGUUCCAUUGAAGUAG